UGUGUGCGACAACAGUUUUGGCCCGCGUUGUCUUGGCUAGCCAGAGUCUCGAGGAAGCGAAGCAGCAAGAAAACCUGAUGAUCCAACGGUUCUACUACUAACCACUUUUAUCAGAAAGAAGAUAAUUCACAUAUGCUUGGGGAUCAGUAUUAAGAUACCCGAAAUCCCAAUGGCAGACACGCCGAAAUUGUAUAGGGAAAAACAUGUGAAGUAUUUCAAGAGAGUUCUUCAGGUUUUACCAGGACAAUAUGCUUCUCUAGAUACAAAUAGGAUGACAAUGGCAUUCUUUGCAAUUUCUGGCUUGGAUUUGCUGGGAGCACUUGAAGAAAUUGGCAAAGGAAAAAGCCGCAUCGUUGAAUGGAUAUACUCUCUACAGGUGCUCCCUGAUCACACUGAAAAUUGUCUUGCACAUUGUGGAUUUCGGGGAUCUUCAACAUUAGGGAAUACAUUUAUAAAGAAGAAUAGGGGCAGGCACAUAUGGAGGGACAGUGCCCACGUUGCGAUGACAUACACUGCCCUUGCUAGCCUUUUGAUCUUAGGAGAUAAUCUUGCACGUGUCAACAAAGAAGCUGUGCUGGCUGGACUGCGAGCUCUUCAGCAAAAGGAUGGCAGCUUUAGCUGUGUUCCAGAAGGAAGUGAGACAGAUAUGAGAUUUGUGUACUGUGCUGCCUGUAUCAGCUAUAUUCUGAAUGACUGGAGUGGUGUUGACACAACUAAAGCUGUGGACUACAUAACAAAAAGCAUUUCAUACGAAGGAGCAAUAGGACAAGGACCAGGUACAGAGGCACAUGGUGGACCAACUUUCUGUGCAGUAGCUUCACUUUUCUUAAUGAAUAAACUAAGCAGCACACUGUCAGCACAGCAAUGUGCACGUCUUCAGAGAUGGUGUAUAAUGAGACAAGAAUCGGGCUUUCAGGGCAGACCCAACAAACCUGUGGACACAUGCUAUUCUUUUUGGGUUGGAGCAACUUUACAACUCCUGGGAAUAUUAGAUCUAACAGACUUCUUGUUCAACCGUACAUUUAUCCUUAGUACCCAGUCAUCAAUAACAGGGGGUCUGGCAAAAUGGAUUGACAACCCACCAGAUCCACUGCACACUUAUCUUGGCCUCUGUGGACUAUCACUGAUAGGUGAGCCAGGCUUGCUUACACUCCAUGCAGCUCUCAAUAUUUCUCAGCGAGCAGCAGAUCAUCUGGGAGACCUGCACCGCCGAUGGCAUAAGUUGCACGCCAAUGACUCAAUUAAAAAAGCAUAGAUAUAUUUCAGUUGUCUGUUUGAUAACUAAAAUGAAAUACUAGGAAUAUUAACAAUUCUAGAUCACCAAUGUACAUUAUGCUUGUGGCUUGAAUGAUUGUCAGACCUAUUUUAAUUUUACUUUAAUACAUCUAUUUGUCAUUUCGCUUGCUUUCGCUCAUGGAUCUUUUUAUGUUUUUAUGCAGGUAUUUGGAAUGCUUAUGUGUCUGGUUAUCUUCCUCUUUGUAGAAAAAAAUAUAAACCAAGUAGCAUUCAGCAGGAAAAAUGUUAUGGUAGCCCAGUAAUGUCAUUUCACAAUGCAUUUCUAAUGGUGGAAUCUAUGACUUAUUUUACAGAUUUACUCUUGAUGAAGUCAAAGUUCAGGUCUAAUAUACAAAGUGAUGUAAAAGUAAGUGAAUUAGCAACAACACCAAUGAAAUAAAGUAUUUUUCAAGCUGCUUUUAACUACACAAAGUUAAGCACAAAAGAGGCAUUCUAGAUUCAGAAUACGGUAUAUAAUAAUCUCAAAAUUGAACUUUUUUUUUAUAAUCAAAACACACUAUAGUGUCCUCCAACUAAAGGCAUGGCAUAACCUUAGCAAUUGAACUUUUAUUUUUUAUUCAGUGGUUGAUUGUGAAAUACCUGUUUAUCUUUUAUAUUAUGCUGUCAUAUUUGAUAGAUAUGUAGGUGCUAUGAAAUAUGUAAAAGCUGUUUAAUAUUUAGGGAUAGUGGCUUUGCAAAAUUCACAUAUGCUGGAAGGAGUAGGAAUUAAUUCCAUAGCAGUUGGGGAAAUAUGGCUUCCUUCAUUGGAUUAUCUUUGUGAAAUAAGGUGCAUUCCUAUACAAAGUUUUGACUUUAAAUUUACUGUAAUUAUUCAAGAUAACUUGAAUUUUGCAUUUUGUCUUUUAUUGGGUUCUUUUAAAUUUUAUUUCCCAUUGCCUUAAAUUAUCAGGAUUGGAGAGCUGCAAACUAAGUACCAUUAUGGUGAUCAGCUAGGAGAGCUCAAUCACUGUUGGAGCUGAUUUAGCAGAAACAUUUGAAGGUGUACUUUUGAGAAUUCAAGCGUUAUUUUCAAUGCCGCUUAAGCUGAUGAUGCAGGGUGUACCGGAUGAAAGAGCAGAGUCUGUUGUUGAUAUCAGUUUAAUGAAGUUGACUUAGAAAACUGGCAUAAAGAUGAAGAACAAAACAACAAAAGAAUGUUUUCUAUGCAUAUACCCAAUGUAAAUAUUAUAAAUAACACGAUAACAUAACCAUGUUAAUGAGUGAUCAGGGGUUUAAAAUGUUAACUCAGUCUGUAAAGUGUAGGGGGUUUUGGUACUUUGCAUUUGGUGGAGUACACACUUCAAAAAUUGAUGUGAAUGAAGAAGCUGCCCUAUGUGAUAAUAAUGCAUAAUCAGCAACAUUUCAGUUGUAUGCAAUUAUUAAAUCAUUUGUGUAAUAUCUGUGUAACUGAGACUAGACUGAUCCAUGCAUAAAAAUAAAAUAUUUGUGACACAUA